AGUGCAGUUAAUGAGAAACCCUGGUGCUGGGCAUAGUGCUGGGAACACUCCUGCUCCCAGCAAGACAACAAGAGCCAGAAAGAGCCGUGAGGAGCCAAGCCCAGGACCACAGGGUUUGGGCAGACACCGGGACCAUGACCAAGCUGGUGGAGUGCGUCCCCAACUUCUCGGAGGGAUGCAACAAGGAGGUGAUUGAGGCUCUGGGGCAGGCCAUCUCCCGGACACCAGGCUGCACACUGUUGGAUGUGGAUGCUGGGGCCUCCACCAACCGUACUGUCUACACCUUUGUGGGACCCCCUGAAGCUGUUGUUGAAGGGGCACUGAGCGCAGCCCGCGUGGCUUGGGAGCUCAUUGACAUGAGUCGGCACAAGGGUGAACAUCCUCGCAUGGGAGCCCUGGAUGUCUGCCCCUUUGUGCCAGUGAUGAACAUCAGCAUGGAAGAGUGUGUUGUUUGUGCCCAUGUCUUUGGGCAGCGCUUAUCAGAGGAGCUGGGAGUGCCUGUGUACCUGUAUGGAGAGGCAGCCAGGCAGGAAAGCAGGAGAACCCUGCCUGCCAUCCGUGCUGGGGAGUACGAAGCACUCCCCAAGAAGCUCGAAAAACCUGAGUGGGCUCCUGAUUUUGGGCCCCCAACCUUUGUUCCCCAGUGGGGGGCCACAGUGACGGGGGCCCGGACCUUCCUGAUUGCAUACAAUAUCAACCUGCUAUGCACCAAGGAGUUGGCACACCGCAUCGCUCUUAACAUCCGUGAGCAGGGACGUGGCCCUGACCAGCCUGGAAGCUUGAAGAAGGUGCAAGGCAUUGGUUGGUAUUUGGAGGAGGAGAACAUAGCCCAGGUUUCAACAAAUCUCCUGGACUUUGAGACCACACCGCUCCAUGCUGUCUAUGAGGAGGUCUGCUGUAACGCAGAGGCACUGAAGCUCCCUGUGGUGGGAUCCCAGCUGGUGGGGCUCAUUCCCAAGAAGGCCAUGCUAGAUGCAGCUGAGUUUUAUAUCACGAAGGAAAAACUCUUCAUACUGGAAGAGGAACACAAAAUCAAACUGGUUGUCAGCCGACUUGGUCUGGACUCCCUGUCUCCAUUCAACCCCCAGGAGCGCAUCAUCGAGUACCUGGUGCAGGCGGGACAGGAGGACAAGGGGCUGGUCGCAAAGCCACUGGGUGCCUUCGUGCGAGCAGUUGGUGGGAGGUCAGCAGCACCAGGAGGAGGAUCAGUGGCUGCAACUGCGGCCUCUCUGGGAGCAGCUCUGGGCUGCAUGGUGGGGUUGAUGAGCUACGGGAAGCGGCAGUUUGAGCAGCUGGACCCCAUCAUGAGGAAUGUGAUCCCUCCCCUCCACCAGGCCAUGGAUGAGCUGGUUGCGUUGGUGGAUGCUGACUCCCGUGCCUUCAGCAGCUAUAUGGAAGCUAUGAAGCUACCAAAAAGUACCCCUGAGGAGAAGGAAAGGCGAGCAGUCGCCAUGCAGCAGGGACUGAAGACAGCAGUGGAAGUGCCCCGCACCCUGGCAGUGAAGGUGAACAACCUCUGGUCCUCACUGAAGAUGCUGGCGCAGCAUGGCAACCUGGCCUGCAAAUCUGACCUUCAGGUGGGAGCCAAAAUGCUGGAAGCUGCUGUGUUUGGGGCCUAUUUUAACGUCAUGAUCAAUCUCAGAGACAUAACAGAUGAGAAAUUCAAGACUGAGACAUUGCAGAUGGUCACCAGGCUGCUGGAGGAGGCAAAGCAAAGCUCAGCACUUGUGUUGGCACUGCUGGAGAAACGACAAGCUUGAGAGGAUCUCAGAACCGGGACCGGAAAUACACAGGGGAUACACAAAUACAGAUGGGAAACAUAUUUGUUCCUGCCUGGGCUCCUUUGGCACCGAUCUGGGGGAAGCUGCUUGUCUUGGGAGGUCCCAGGGUUAUGUUCCCUGCCUGUUCUAGCCUUUCCUUGGCCAAGGAUGAUUUUCAUUGCCUGGGGUUUGGACCUUGCAUCCCUAUUCUCCCAUCCAUGGGGCAGAGGGAGCAGUCUGGGCUGGUGGUGCCAUGGGAAUCCUAUUGGUGGCAGUGGCUGGGACCUCAUCAUGCUGCCUGGGUAAGGAUGGCUGUGCAUAUCACUGACCUCUCCAUCCAUCUUGUCUUUGUCAGCAGAAAACACCCUGAGAUACAUUGUGACUCUGGAUCCAGGCUGGGCACUGCAGCCACAUCCCUUUCUGCACAGUGUCUUCAUGGCAGUGUGUGAAAGGGCCUGCUGAAUCACUCAGUGCUAAGGGAGGGCAUGCUGCUGAGCACAGGGCAGCACCAGGCAGCCAGCAGGAGGAAGGGGGUUGUUGCUGGAAGGUGAAUGUGGAGCUCUUCAUAGCCCCACGGAGAGGAAGAUCCAGGUGUGGGGAUGCCUGGUCCCUGUCAGCCCUGUGGUCGAGGCUGCCACUGAGUCUGAAGGCAUCUCCUCUGCAGAGCAGACUGAGCUCCGUGUGAUCAGGGGGUGGUUAGUGGGGGGAGCCCACCAUCCUCAGCAGUGACACCAGGGGCUGUCAGCAGUGCCCACUGUCCUUCAGCAGGCCCAGGAGGAUGUGACCCCCGUGCCCGUCCCCACACACAGUGCCCACGCUGGGUGCAGCGCACCAGGGUUCAUGGCAGGGACAUCUGACUCACUCCAACACCUGACACCACGGGGCUGAUCAGCCCUGCAGGACCUUUGUGCUGGGUGGGACAGGAGUGCUGACGUUUACCCCGUGCCCAUGGUGACCGUCGCAGCACCGGGAGUGGUGCUGCCAGUUUCACUGCUCCGCAGUGUCACCCCUGAACACUGCACCUCCCUUGCCCAGGCAGGGCUCUGUAUUUAAAGGGUGCCCCAGGGCUGGGCCCAUUGCCUUGGGAGAGCCACACCAAGGACAGCCAUCAGGACUGCGCUGCUCUCAGGAGGAACUGCUCUGUGGGGCAGCUUGGAGUCAGCAGAGAUGUGGAACGCCAGCCAAGGAACACCACCACCACCGCAGAUGCAAGUCUGCCCACCAGCCCCUCCAAAUUACCCACACCCUGGGCCCAGCAACCCUUGCUACCCAGCGGUGCCACCCGGCACCCCUGGUACCUGUCCCCCAGGGUACAUUCCACCUGGCCCUCACCCACCAGGCCACCACCCACCAGGGCACCACCCUCAUGGGCACCACCCCCAUGGGCAUCCCCCACAUGGGCAUCCCCCACAUGGCCCACCAGGGUGCCCACCUGGGUGCCCACCAGGUUGCCCACCUGGCUCCCAUGACUGCCAUCACAAGCAUAAGAAGAAGCACAAGAAGGAGCACAAGAAGGGGCAUGACAAGUGUUCCCACAAGCAUCAUGGAGGCAAGCACUCAGGCAGCUCAAGCAGCUCAAGCAGCUCUGAUUCUGACUGAAGAGAACAUCUCCUACCUGUAUGGUGGUAAAGCCCCGAGGAGACAAUAUAUGAAGACAAAUGCCUCACAAGGGCCACCUACUCACUGUUCUGCCUCAUUCUCCCUCCUCUGCAUCCUGCAUUUUGCCUGCUAGUGAUUUUUCUUGCUCUUUGUUUGUAACUUCUUUGAUCUGGAAUUGUUGUAAAUAAAUGAGUAACAGCUC